CUCCCUGAUGUCACCUGCAGCUGCUAUUAGUACCAGGUGCCCGGCUGAAAAUGCGAUAUUUUGUUCCCUCACAACUACUCUUAUUGCCACAGAGAACAAGGGUUUGGAGAUCAUGAAGAACGAAUCUGAGGCCUGUAGUCUGACUGGACCAAAUGUUACAAAAUUCUCAGAAGUUGCUUCACCUUCAGCAAUGUCUUUGAAUGGAUCAUUUCUCCAGCAAAUGGAGGAAUAAAGAUAUUAUGGAAGAGUUCCAAGAUGGGGAAUCAGAAGAGAACUGUCAGAUCCAGGAGGAAGGAGCAGAUUCACCUAUGGCAUCUGAAGAUAACAUUCAGUUUUUCAUUACUGUUGAUUCUAAGGUGCAGCAGGGGAGUGGUGAACUAGAGGAUUCUGGGUGUGUUUUGCUUCAUACUUCUCGAAAGUAUGUGAAACUGAUGAACUUUGAAGAGGAAAUUCGGGCCCAUAGGGACCUGGAUGCUUUUCUGACCCGUGCCAGCAUCCUGUUGGAUGAGACGGCUACCUCUCUUGAUGAUGUGUUGAAAAAGAUGCUGAGCCAUUUAUUUGAGGAUAGUGAUAUAAAAGAGCCAAGCUGCAAUAUUGAAAAUGUGAUGAGCGUGCUGUUUACAGAUGCUGGAGCCCCGCAAGAAGUCAGUGUCCACCUCCUUUCUGAAACAAUUCAGGGAGUGACGGCAACGGCAAUGGGCAUCCAAUACCAGCAGUCCUGGCUGUGUAUCAUCUGCAAUGUCCGGAACAUCCAGAGAAGACAUGUGUGCAUUUCCAGGUUGGAGAGACCCCAGAACUGGGGCGAGAACUGUUGUGAAGUCCGUUACGUCAUUCUUGUCCUUGCUCCACACAAAAUGAAAAGCACAAAGACGGCAUUGGAGCUGGGCCGUACUUUUGCCACCAUGUUCUCAGAUAUUACCUUCCGACAAAAACUUCUGGAAACCAAAAGCACAGAAGAGUUUAAGGAGGCCCUAGUGUACCAACGACACCAACUGGCUUCAAAGCAUUGCCAACCAGCCGGUGUGAUGAAAGAAGACAGAGAACCACACAAACCCAAGCCAUUCAAGGGGCAGAGCAUCCUGCAGACAGGUAGAGGUAUUUCUGAAGAUUUCUUUCGAAGAUUGCCAUCUUACAUUUCAGACUUCACUGAUGGAAUUACUGGAAGCAACAAGAGCAUUUCCAAAUAUAUCACAACAGCCAUCUUUCUGUACUUUGCUUGCCUACUACCUGCACUCGCUUUUGGUUCCCUCAAUGAUGAGACCACUGAAGGUGAAAUUGAUGUCCCAAAGACCAUUUUUGGACAAUGCAUUGGUGGGGUGAUUUACUCUCUCUUUUCUGGAUGCCCCCUGGCAAUUCCAUUGACUACUGCUCCGUUGGCUCUGUUUACUAGUGUUAUCAAGGGUAUUUCAGAUGACUAUGAUCUCAACUUCCCUGCCUUCUAUGCUUGCAUCGGCCUAUGGAGCAGCCUAUUUCUCAUUUUUGGGGCUGUUUUUAACUUAAGUCUGCUGACAAAGCUCUUUAAACGGUCAACUGAAGAAGUCAUAGCCAUGUUUAUUUCUGUUACAUUUGUAUAUGAUGCAGUGAAGGGAACUACUAAAAUUUUUGACAGGUAUUACUCUGGAGCACAUCAAGGGAAGAUGAACACCAGUAAUGUCACUGUACAGAUGGCCUGCUCCUUUCAGAAUGCUAAUUGUUCAAGCCACUCCAAUUCUUCAGCUGAUCUAAAUUCAGAAGGGAUUGGUUCCCAGGUGCUUUGUAUGAGAGAGACUGCUGUCCUCAGUUUGCUGCUCAUGAUGGGCACAUUGUGGAUUGGAUACACACUCUAUCAGUUCAGAAAAAGUCCAUUUUUACAUGUUCAGAUUCGUGAGAUCCUGUCAGAUUGUGCACUACCCAUCUCUGUCCUGGUCUUCUCUUUUGUAGGAUCUUACUUCUUUUCCAGCAUCAAAGUUCCUGUAUUCAACUUCAGGCAAGCAAAUAAGAUGUUCACAAUACCUCCAUUCCACCUUCUUUCACUUUUGGACAUCAUCAGUGCCAUGGGUCUUGGGUUCCUUCUCUCGUUGCUCAUCUUCAUAGAUCAGAAUAUUGUUUUGUCUCUUACCAAUGCUCCAGAAAACAGACUGCAGAAAGGAACAGCCUAUCACUGGGACCUAAUGUUGUCUGGUGUCAUCAAUGCUGUCAUGUCUGUGUUGAGAUUGCCGUGGAUGCAUGCCGCCUACCCCCAUUCCACACUGCAUGUACGACAGCUGGCUAUCGUCGAACAGCGGGUAGAGCAAGGGCACCUUUAUGAGACCAUUGUGAGUGUGAAGGAGACUCGCCUGACUUCACUGGUGGCCAACAUUCUUCUGGGUUUGUCAAUGUUUCUUCUUCCAAAACCCCUCCAAUGGAUCCCAAAUCCUGUUCUCUAUGGCCUCUUUCUCUACAUUGCCCUUACCUCUAUUGAUGGCAACCAGCUUUGUGAACGUGUGGCACUUCUAUUGAAAGAGCAGACAUCCUAUCCUCCAGCGCAUUACAUCCGGAAGGUUCCUCAACGGAAAAUUCACUAUUUCACUGGCAUACAGAUGCUUCAGUUGAUUAUUCUGUGUGGAUCUGGACUGUACCCUCUGCCCUAUAUGAAAAUGAUCUUCCCAUUGAUUAUGAUUCUUUUAAUUCCAAUAAGGAUCUGCAUUCUUCCAAAAAUCAUAGAAUCGAAAUACCUGGAUGCAAUGGAUGCACAGCACAUGUGACUUUGAAGACUACUGACCCUUAUGGGAAAACCAAAGACACGCUUAUGUCAAAAGUUAUCCUUCAGGGGAUGUGCUUUUGUCACUGAUUGCCUUAACAGUGUUUUCUAAAGCUGCUGGGCCAAGUUUUUACAUUCAAGAUAUACAUCAUAUAAAAGGCGGAGUGGUGGCUCUGAGGCGAGGGAUCUGCACUGGCAAUCAGAAGGUUGCCAGUUCAAAUCCUGUAAAACGCCAAAAGGGACUCUGCUCUGUUGGGUCCUUGAGCAAGGCCCUUAACCUGCAAUUGCUAAGCGCUUUGAGUAGUGACAAAAGUGCUAUAUAAAUGCAAAGAAUUAUAUAUAUAUAAAAUAAUUCUUUGCAUGUAUAUAUAUAUAUAUGCAACAUGUUAGUUUAGGUACUGCAAAAAUGCCUCUAUUGCUCAGUUACACAUGUGUAAUAAGGCCUUAAGAAAGGCUUACUUUCGUCUUCAUAACACUUAUAAAACAUCCCUACGUCAGUUAUUCAUGUAUGUGCAAUGUGGCAUAUUGACAUGAUGGUAAAAUAUGAAGGAGUUAUACUAAAUAUGUAAUGUCAAGAGAAAUAUGUCUGAGUUAAGCCACCUCAGACCACUCCAAAGUAAACUUUUGUUAGUAGGUCACAUUGCACAGAUGAAUAAACACCUUACUGAUGAAUUUUGCUGUACCUAAAGUGUUGUCAUAUAUAUUUAUAUAUAUAUAUAUAUAUAUACAUAUAUAUAAAUAUAUAUAUAUACAUACAUACACACACACACUACCGGUCAAAAGUUUCAGAACACCUCAGUUUUUUCAGUUUUUAUGGAAAUGCACGCAGUUUAAUAUCUUAAUGGUAAAUAAAAUAAGUCAAGGAAUCAUUGUGUACAAAUUUUUAUUCACAUUUUUGUUUAAUCAAAGUAGCCAGCUUUAGCUGAUAUAACAGCCAACCUCUGGUAACCCUUUUGAUUCAGAAUGUCAGUCACUCUGGUGCAAGUCACCAACUCUGCCUCCAGCAAACUUCUUCCUCCAUGUUUGACUGUUGGUGUCUCACACUGACGGACCAUCCCUUUCACUAACUUAACGGCCUACAAACACCCUAACGUGAUGAGCUGAAGAUUUUAAGUUUUGAUUCUUCGGUUCUUAAGGUUUUCUUCCAGUCUGCAGUAGUCCACAGCUGGUAUUUCAAGGCCCUAUUUUGUCUUUCUUCCGGCCACUGGCCCUGUCAAACCUGCAGCAGAAAGUCUUCUCUUCACAGCACCAUUUUAGGUCAUUCAUUGCAUUUCA